AGUUUCUCGGCACCCAAGGACACCUUUAGAUUCACUUCCUGCUCCCACAGGCUCACCCCAGUCCUUGGCAGACUCAGUGGGUCAGGCGGGAAUGCAGCAAGCAGGACUUACCCUCGUGGCUGUGGCUGUGUGUAUGGCUCUUCAAACCUCAGAAGCCAUACUUCCCAUCGCCUCCAGCUGUUGCACUGAAGUGUCCCACCAUGUUUCCAGAAGGCUUCUGGAAAGAGUGAACUCAUGUAGCAUCCAGAGAGCAGACGGGGACUGUGAUUUGGCCGCUGUCAUCCUUCAUGUUAAGCGAAGGAGAAUCUGCGUCAGCCCGCACAAUCGCACUUUGAAGCAGUGGAUGCGAGCCUCGGAGGUGAAGAGUGGCAAAGGAAACCUCUGCCGAAAAAAGACUCAAGACAACAGGAGUCACAGAAAAGGUCACACCGCGGGAAAGCACGGGGCACACGGCCACAGAGCUCCUCGUCACAGCAGACACGUGCACCUACAGUGA